AUGCCUCCAGUUCGAGGCAAAGCAGCAUGUAUCGCCUGUCGCUCACGGAAGCAAAAGUGCAAUGAAAGGAGACCCGAAUGCUCCCGGUGUCAAGUGCUUGGCAUCAAAUGCACCUGGCCCACAGCCCGCAGACGAGGUCCCGCAAAGGGUUACACUGAAGCACUUGAGCGUCGACUGGGGGAUACAGAGCUGGCUUUGCUGCAACUCUUACUCGUUUCGAAUCCUGAAACGAUUGACAGUGCCUUCGAAUCAGACACGCUCGAAUUGGCGCAGUCCAUCUGGGCUAACCGCCAGGCAAAAGCGGAAUCUGGGGAGGGCCUUCCCGAGGGCGAACGGGCCGAGGCAUCAUUGAUGACACAAUGGGACAAGACAUCUCUUAAAACUGUCGAUGGGAUCAACGAGUGGGUCAGAAGCAUUAAACAUGGCGAACUAAAAACAUCUGCCGAUAUCUCAGCAGACGUCAGGAAAAGCCAGUCAUCAUCUAUUGGCGGGCCAGCUCUAGGACAAGUUCCGGCGGCUGUCCGCCAUCCAAACCGGAACGAAAAUCGUAGACCAGCUGAAGUCUGCGCACUGCAACAAAGUGGCUUCCUAACAUCGCAUAAUUCAGCUUCGCUUAGAUCAGACAAGAGGGGUCAUUCUGGAGAGACUGUGGACAAACCUCCAGAUGAUAGAGACGGUAGAUCUGGUGUUCGCGGAAAGAUAGAUCUUCCUGCUGAGUUUCAAAGCCAAUUCUUGUGGUAG